AUGGCUGACCGGAGGCCUGCUGCUGCCGCUGGUUCUCGCGGUGCCGCCGCACCGAAGAAGUACGGAAAUCGUCGAUACAAGGGCAAGCACCCUCGAGAUGGAGCUGCGGCAGCGGCUACGCCCGACGAUGAGACCUACGAAGAGGAAUGGGCCGACGACUCGGCGGAGUUUCGACGCACCCGUGGUGAUCGCAAGAAGUGGCGCGGAGGACCGUGCCCGGCCCCGCCUCCACUCGAGGCCCGGUUUCAGAAUAUCUACAAGCAGCCGAGGUACUACCAGAAGUGGGUUCGGAAAGUGCACAUGUGGAAGGCCAGGGCGCGACACUACAAGCCGAUGGCCGAGCUGGCCCUGGACCUUUCGGACGUCAUCACGGGCGAAGGCGCAGAGAUGAUCGAGUCUUUGGAAUGGACCCGUCUGUAUUCACAAGAUGGCAUCGAUCUGGUGACCAACUCACUCGCCGUGUUUGACGAGCAGCAGAUCCUACAAGUUGGAGACCUCAUGGAAGAGCACGAAGAAGUGGAGCGCCUGCCCGGUGAGCUGCUGGCCGCGUACGUCGCGCAUUUCAAGGAUCUCGAGAUGCGGCUCAAGCGGGCAGAGCUUCCAGCUCAGCAAGGACAAUUUCGUGCGUUCAAGUUGUUGCGAAGUUCAUGUUUGUCGCCGGAGGUUCGGCGCAACCUCCUUCUCGCGACGGGCAAUGAGUACGACUUCGACCGCCUCGUUCAGGCUAUGAGUGUGCAGUGGCCGUCCACCGCCCCGAACUGGGUUGCUCCAGCACGACGGAUGGCACGCAAGCGACUCGGUGAGGCGGCCGCUCCUGAACGCAAGCCGGCUGGUCGAGAUCACGAUAAAGGAGGCGGCAAAGGACGAGAUCGACAGCCACAGAAUCGAGCUCCUCGACCAGCGCCGAAGCCGCCCCACGUCAGCGAGGCCGACAUUAUUCCCGAAGACGAGGCUGAGGAAAACGAAAAUGAAGACGACCCCGAUCAAGCAGAAGUAAAUGAGGCUUACGCCGAGGAGGUUGACAGCAUCCAGGUCAUGCAGGAGGUGGCGGACGCUUUGACCAUCACAAGCGACAAGCUGAAGAAGCUGACCUUGGGCCGCGGCGCCGCCCGGCAGGUCGCCGCAAACAUCGCCAGCACCGCCACAGAGAGGCACUGCGACGCCGCCGGCCGGCACGUCUUUUUCAGGAAGCAUUCGUGGAACGUUUACGGGAGAUCGAUCCGGAGAUUCAAGAGCACCGGCGGCAUCUCAGAGGCCAGGGUUUCGCCAGACGUCAUCGAGGCCCUAGUCACGCACCUCUCGCCUGACGAGCUGCAGCAGCGCGUGGCCGCCUUCAAGAGCAGGGUCGCCACCAGCGACAAGGGGGCCUGGAAGUUCACCCCCUCGGACGUCAUCAUCCCGGAGCCCCAGUGGAUCCCAGAGGAGGCCCGAUCGUCUCGUCGCACAGUCCAGCUGACGAGGCAGAACCUGGCGAUCAACGCGUGGACGAACCUGAUGCAGCUGAUCAUGAACCACCUGUCGCACAUCAUCGGUCGCAGUCGCGAGCAGUUCCGGCAGAACAUGGAGAUGUCGAACCGGAUGAUGGGCACGAUCGCGCAGAUGGGCCACGAGAUGGGCUACCUGACACCGAUGGCGGACUCAGUGAAGGCGAUCGCGAGAGGAGCCGCACAGGUUCCGGAGAGCGUGCUGCCACCGCCGCCGGCACCAGAGGAUCAAGCCCAGAACUACUCACAGCUGUGCGAGAAGAGGGACGUGUGCGCCCAUCCGACAACGAGGAGGUACUACGCCAAGGGGUACUGGCUGAUCUGCGACCAGUGCGGCCGGCGGUGGAAGUCGGUCAACGGGAAGUGGAUCGUGGACGACAAAGAAGAUCCUCUUCCCUCCCCAGCGCCGGGGACCGAGAUGGUGAAGAGAGGCGCCUGGAAGCGCCUUCUCGGCAUUGCUAAGAAGACGACCGCAGCCUGCGAGACGCUUAUUAACGUGAGUCAAGAUGCCGAUCGCCGAGCUGCCGAUUUACGAGACGCGGAAUGGUGUUGUUCGGACGUGGCCUUCAUGGACAUUCCCGUUCCCGAGUUGCCCGACUACCUGCACCUGGACAACGAGUGCCAGGCGUGCGGCACCGACCUCAUCGAGGGCUGCGCCGGGACAGCAAGACCUACGCGAUUAGCUUCGCACUUUGAGCUGAGGGCCUCGCCGAGCGCCGACAUAGAGGACGGCUGGGACUUGUCAACUACGCGAGGUGCUCAGAGAUGGAAAGAUCAGAUACAGAAAGACAAGCCACUCUACGUGAUCGUAGGCUUCCCCUGCACGCUCUGGUGCUCCUACAACGUCAAUGUGAACUACGUCGACCAUCCCGAGCUGCUUGAGAGACUUCGUGCCCGGGAUCGACGGCUGAUUGACUUGAUCAAGUGGACCAUCGAGUACCAGGUGAAGCAUGGCCGGUUCUUCUUGUUCGAGAACCCGCCGACGUCAGCGAUCUGGAAGGACCUCCAGUUCGCCCCGCUCCUGCCCUUGGGCGAGACCGUUAUUGGCCAUGGGUGCCAGUGCGGGAAGACAGGCAAGACUGGCCUGCCGAUUCGCAAGGCGUAUCGCUGGUUCUCCAACUCGCCGCCCGUGCUUGCGGCUCUGAGCCGCCGCUGCCCAGGACUUCGCCCGGAGUCCGGGGGCCGCUUGCACGAUCAGAUCGAGAACUCCAAGUGGACAAAGGCCAGCGGCGAGUACACCGACGAGAUGGCCCACGCGAUGCCCCACGCGAUCCAGCAGGUCGCCGCCCAGAGGAAUCCGAGCAGGUUUGCCGACAUGCCGGUCGCGGCUACCGAGUGGGAGGCCGCCUACAACCACGCAGGUCCCAUCGAGGUGCUGUUCGCCUCGCCAGAGAAGGACCCCACCAGGUGGGAGGCGGUCAUGCAGGGCGUCCGACAGAUCGUGGGCGGCUCCGCCAGUCGAGGCGGGAACAAGGCCACGCAUUACUUUUCGAAGUCAUCCGCGCUCUGGAGACAGAUUAGCCAGCUCGUCCCGUGGGACCUCACGAUGAUCCAGCUCGUGAAGACAGCCAAACAAAGGAGGUUCCCUAUCAAAAAGGAGCCGUGGUCUCACCGUGGUCACUGCUACGUGGACGAGAAGGGCCAUUACCACAUCGAAGCCGAGGACCUGGUUGACGUGGCCUUCCCGACGUUGGCCUUGUCGCCGCCAGCGGACCUAGCCGUUUUCUUCUUCGGCUAUGCCAAGCAGGAGCCCCUCCCGCAGGAGCCUGACACGUCACAGAUAGAGAAGCGAAUGCCGCUUCCCCCGGGCCCGAACGACCCGAUGCUGCCGAACAACAGCCUGCCGCCCGAUGUGGACGACGACCUGCAGGACGCCCCGAUCGCUCGGAUGCCUGACGCGUCCGGCGGCAUGGUUGGCAUACGUUUUGUUGGAGUGACAAAGGAGCAGUGUCCUCGUGAAGUUCGCCAGCUUGUCGCUCGUAUGCACUGUAACUUGGGGCAUCCUGUGCCCAGCGAGUUCUUCCAGUUCCUGGCUCAGAGAGGCGCCUCGCAGGCCGCGCUGCUGUGCGCCAGAGCGCUGAGGUGCCCGGCGCGCCUUCGUCGCAAACGGCCUCAGCGACAGCGGGAGUCACAGAUUCCAAGAGUGGGUCUGUUCAACGACUUAGUCAAGGGCGACUUGUUCUACGUCAUGACCCACGACGGUACGACGCACGCGCUCUUGGGACUGGUGGACAAAGCUACGAGACUACAUGUGGUGUGUCGGAUUGCUUCACGCGAACCAGGAGACGUCUGGGAGAAGUUCCAGACGUGCUGGCUCACCCCGUUCGGGAUCACGCAGAUUCUGGUUGUCGACCGGGACGGUGCCUUCGAAGCCGUGUUCCUGGACAACUGCCACACGUUGGGAAUCGACGUGAGGUGCGUGCCGCCGGGAGCUCACUGGCAGCUGGGCCUGGCCGAAUCCGGCAACUACGCCUGGCGCCGAGUCUUCGAGAAGGUGAUCGACGUCAUCCUGCCGACGAUGCCAGAGCACGUGGACCUCGCGAUCAUCUCGACGAGCCACGCCGUAAACCAGUCAGUGCGCCGAGCAGGCCGCACCGCCUAUGCCGCCGCCUUCGGACGGGUACCCACACUUCCGACCGAGCUCUUGGCCGACACCACGUCCGCCGAGUUCUGGCACAAUUGCACCCAGGAUGAGAUGCUGGCCUACGGGGAGAGAUGCCGCAUUGAGGCGCUCAAGGCGAUCGCCGACCUGGAGGCCGACGAGGCGCUGCGCACCUCCAUCCUCCGCCAGCCUGUCAACCGCAAGGAGUACGACUUCCUCUCGGGACAGCGCGUGGCAGCCUGGGGCGAGCAUGGUCGCAAGCGACGGGGCAAGACGCCCGUGGCAGGGUAUCGCCCAGGCAUUUUCUGUUUCUGGGAUUCCGGCACCAACGGCUACGGCGAGGGCGAGUCUGCCUGGUUGCAGAUCGGGCACCGCACUGCACAGGUGGCCCGCGAACACAUACGCCCAGCCGUCGGUUUCGAGGGCUGGACCCCUUCCGAGGAGGACCUCAAGGAGCUCAAGACGGCCGAGCAGGACUUGGCGAAGGCCAGAGCGGUACCCGGCGUCGAGCCGAAGGCGAAGCUCCAGAGCCCGUUGCGCCCUUUCCGUGGCCAGCACCGCCUCAGUUUGGACCAGUCCGAGCACGAGAGCGCUCUGCGACGCCCACGCCGAGGAAAGCUUCCUAACAUACCGGGCUCACCGAGCCCAGCAGCCUUCGUGUCCAACGAGUCGGGCGAGAUGGAGUUCAUCGCACCGGAUGGCUGGGACGGAGUCGAGGAGCCGGUCUUGCUCAGGACCCGUGUGUUCUCGAGCCUGGCGGAGGUCCAGGAGGCCUACGAGGCGCACCUCUUGCCCAUCGAGAACUUCGAGAACGACCCGAUCGACGACAGCGAGCCGGACGACGACUGGACAAACUGCCUGUACAUGACCUCCCACGAGCUCUCCGACCUCAGGGACGGCGAGAUGGACGUGGACUGUGCGACAGCACAGGUGGGCGACACGACGGACUCGAACAACCUGUCGAGACGCGAGCAGCGUCAACUGGAUCGUGAAAUCCCUUGGCGGGAGAUCGCAGAGUACCCGGAGGACCAGUUCAUGGAGUACGUCAAGGCCUUGCGCAAGGAGUGCCAGAACUGGGACACCUGGAAGUCCGUUCGGGCCUGCUCGCAGGAGGAGGCCAAGGCCCGCCCGGUGUUGCUGGGGUUCUCCGACCCCGACCUGGAGAAGUUGCCGCGUAACGCCCCGGUGCUGACCGACGCCGGCAAGAAGCUGAUCUGCCAGAUCGCGGUCUCGAAUGACUGGCGAGUCGGGGCCGGAGACGCGGAGAGCGCCUUUCUCCAGGGAGGCGCACAGAGUGAGCGCGAGGAGGCGAUCUACAUGAUUCCGCCCAAGGACCCGAUAGUUCAAGCCGCCGGAGUCUUCACCGCUCCGCUCUACGAGGUGGUUGGCAACCUGUACGGUCAGUCGACGGCGCCGUACCUGUGGUACAAGCACGUGGUGACGACCUUCCUGGCGCUGGGCGGCAAGCUCCACAGCCUCGAUUCAGCUCUCUUCUUGUGGUUUUUUCCGAACAACGAGUUGGCUUGCGCAGUGGGUAUGCACGUGGACGAUGCUCUUGCGGCACACCAUCCCAAGUUCGACUUCAUACCGAUCGAGAAGGCUAUUAAAUGGCGAGGCUGGCAGUGGGACAACUUCGUCUUCCUCGGCGAGGAGUACCAGCGCCUACGUCAAGGUCCGUACAGUGGAAGUUUGUUUGUUCAUCAAGCGGCCUACACUAAGGCGAUUGCAGUCACGAAGGUUGGAGUUAUGUCCAGCACUCGGUCUUCUUCUAAGCUGACGCGCUCGGAGCGCGAAGAUCUGGAGUCUGCUGUCGGUUCGCUCCAGUGGUUGUCCGGACACACACGUCCAGACCUGUCAGCCGCGGUUUCCCUUGUCCAGAGGACCGACCCCGAGCUGAACGACCUGCGGAUGGCCAUGAAGCACGUAGAGUACGCGCACCGCACAGCCCAGACUGGCAUCCUGAUCGUCCGCGUCGAUUUGAGCCGCGCCUGCUUCGUGAGUUUUGCAGACAGCUCAUGGGCGAACGCUCCGGGAUUGAAGACCCAGAUCGGCACCCUCAUCUUUCUGGCAGACGAGGUGAUACUCACCGGACCCACGUCAUGUACUCUCUUGUUUCACAAGUCCAAGAGAACGCCGAGAGUGGUGAGAUCUACGCUGGCUGGGGAAGCUAUCGCGCAGGACCUGGGAGUGGACUACGCGUCGUACUUGUCGAAGUUCCUGUCCGAGAUGCUGACCGGACGGCCUGCUGGCCGACACCCACCGAUCUUCGAGGUUAUCACCGUUACCGACUGCAAGUCUUUGUACGAUGCCCUCCACCAGCUCACCCCGAGUUUGUCUGAGAAACGUAUUGUGAUCGACGUGAUUUCCAUUCGUGACGAGGUGAAGGUCAAGAACGUCAGGUGGAUCCCUACGACGCACAUGAUAGCCGACGGCAUGACCAAGGAGGAUCCGAAGCUUCGCGAGAAUCUGACCGAGUUCUUGGCGGACCCAGUGCUUUCGCUCGUGGAGUCGAUUGCUUGCGAGGAGCUGACCGGUGGGGAUGGCCAAGUACAGAAGAAGUGA